AUGGCCGCUGUAGCCAGUGUACAGGCGCAAGGCCUGGACUACGAUUCUCCGACCUUGUUUCGAGGUCCACCUUCAGCCCAGCAGGAACUUAAUAAUCAAGUCAAGGAUGCUCUGUCCGGCUUUCCCUCCCACUACACGGGUGAGCGAGUCUGGACGGGCUCUGACAUGUCCCGGAAGCAAGACGAUUGGACCACUCUCUUGACUGAGCAAGACCUGGGUCAUAUCAUCGAAGCCUUGCACUACUUCCAAGGUCUGGGCCUGGGCCCUGAUGCAAUGACUCCGGAGCGGUUCCCCCUGCCAGCGGAGCUUAGCAACAGGCUGAGGAAGAUCUCGUAUGACUGUCACGAGGGUCGUGGAUUCGGUGUUCUCCGGGGCCUACGCCCUGGGGAUCUCACAGACAAGGAGAAUGUGCUGGUUCUCGCAGGUGUCUCGUCGCAUGUCGCCCCUGUACGAGGCUUCCAGGACAUCAACCGAGAGCUCGUAACUUGCCAUGUCAUCAGCGAGGACACUAGGCCUGGGGCAGGUGAGCAGAAGCUUCGGCCUGCUUUCACCAACGGACGCCUGGCGUUUCACACCGAUCUCGGUGACAUUCUUACUUUGUUCAACCAAGAUGUCUCAGAUACCGGUGGCAAGACCAUGAUUGUUAGCAGCUCGCAGAUCUACAACAGCCUUGCCGCAAUGCGGCCCGAUCUCCUUGAGGAGCUUGGUAAGAAAUGGGUAUUCACCAACUCCAUGGACUACCAUACAGAUGGCACUCCUCUGGUCCUCAACGCCAGUGGAGACCGCCUCGUGUUUCAGUACUCCCGCCUCCCCAUCACUGGCUUCCGCAACACAGGCACCAACCCGAGCCUGCCUCCAGUCUCGGCCCGCCGUCUUGAGGCCAUGACCCUCCUUGAGGAAUUGGCGUGGAAGAACGCCUUCCCGCUUCCCUGCGAGCGCGGCGACAUUGCGUUCAUCAACAACCUGUGCCUGAUGCACGCGCGUACCGCCUUCGAUUUGGACGCCGACGGCAAACCUCUGCCGUCUGCGCGUCACCUCGUCAAGCUGAUGCUGCGUGACCCGGAAUUGGCAUGGGAGCUGCCUGCUGCGCUGGACUGGCAGGUGCAGAGGGUGUAUGGGCCCAACCAGGAGGACGGGGGUAGGAAGGAAAAAUGGCAUCUGACCAUUUAUGAUGAGAAGAUGCCGGAAGGCCGUAUGUGGGCUGGAGCGGGGAGUUUCAGCAAUGGCUAA